GGCGCCGCCCUCCGGUCCUGAGGAUCCCGCGCUGCCCGGAGCCCUCACCGCCUUCUCACCCGCGCCGACGCCAACUGACCUGACCCGGCCUGGCUCUGUCGGGCCAGAUAGAGCGCAGCGCAAGCAGGCAGCACUAGCCCCUCGAAGCACAGGACCCCCUCCCAAGGACAUGAAGCUAUUGGAGAACUCGAGCUUUGAGGCCAUCAACUCACAGCUGACUGUGGAGACUGGAGAUGCCCACAUCAUUGGCAGGAUCGAGAGCUACUCGUGUAAGAUGGCAGGAGAUGACAAGCACAUGUUCAAGCAGUUCUGCCAGGAGGGCCAACCACACGUGCUGGAGGCACUGUCCCCACCCCAAACCUCGGGCCUCAGCCCCAGCAGACUGAGCAAGAGCCAAGGUGGCGAGGAUGAGGGCCCCCUCAGCGACAAGUGCAGCCGCAAAACACUCUUCUACCUGAUUGCCACGCUCAACGAGUCCUUCCGCCCUGACUAUGACUUCAGCACUGCCCGAAGCCAUGAGUUCAGCCGGGAGCCCAGCCUCAGCUGGGUGGUGAAUGCAGUCAAUUGCAGUCUGUUCUCAGCUGUGCGGGAGGACUUCAAGGCCCUGAAGCCACAGCUGUGGAAUGCUGUGGAUGAGGAGAUCUGCCUGGCUGAAUGUGACAUCUACAGCUACAACCCAGACUUGGACUCAGACCCCUUUGGGGAGGAUGGCAGUCUCUGGUCCUUUAACUACUUUUUCUACAACAAGCGGCUUAAGCGGAUUGUCUUCUUCAGCUGUCGUUCCAUCAGUGGAUCCACGUACACGCCCUCGGAGGCAGGCAAUGAGUUGGACAUGGAGCUGGGGGAGGAGGAGGAUGAACUCGGAGGUGGAGGCAGUGAGGGUGGAUCCGAGGAGACCAGCCCCAUGGAGGACAGGGUCCCGGUGAUCUGUAUGUGAGGAGGAAAAGCAGAGGCCCCAGCUUCAUCAAGCUUCAACCAGUGCCUGGACCUACCCACCUGAGGGGCCCCAGGGCCUCCCCAGCUGCUGGCCAGACCCUGGUGCUGCCACAGCUCCAGUGCUGCCCACCUAGCCCUUUGGUUCCUACCUAUGGAUGGCUACUCACCCCCACAGGCUCUGCUGCCCACAUUGUGGCUGGACUGAGCAGACAGCACAGGGCCUGGUGGGAACAGCCACUGCCCUGCACAAACAAACUGACACAGGCAGGGACAGCUGGACCACAGAGUUUAUUUUUGUAUUUUGUACCCUGGGCCUGCACACUCCAGCCCAAAGGGCCUGAGACCCCACAAACUGGUCCCAACAGUCAUCUGCCCUGGGCUUAGGCUGGCUCUUGGCACCCACCUGUACCCCCCACUUCGCCCAUUGGGCAGCGUGCACUGAGUGUCACUUUGCUGCAGCUUGUUUGUUUCCAAUAAAAGUUUAUGUGACUUA